UAUAACCAUGCCGUUUUGUAGUCAACACGACGCCUUCGGUUUAGUCCAAUAAAGUUAUGAUGAAAAGGAAAACAAUUCGAGUGUGAUCGGCAACUCCAAAACACGUUUGCAGAACAUUUUCGACCUCACAGUCUGCUGCAGUCUGGGUUAGACAAAGCGGUGAUUGACAAGCGAGCCCUGACGAAGGCGGUUAAUUUCAUACAACGGUCGUGGUAGAGGGAGAAGCGAGCAUUCAAAAAUAGAAGGGUUCUCCUUCUUUUCAUUGAAGAACGAUACCGAAAACGCAGAGAAAAAGGAGAAGAGUUCGCUUUGCAAAAUUAUUGCUUUUGACCUAGAUCGAUAUUGGAUCUGGACGAAAAAAGCGAAAAGAGUACGUUAAGAGGAGUCGGGAACCAUGGAAAUAGUGAAGAUUGCGGCAACUUCUAGACCACCGACCCGUAGAAUGAAGGGUCGAGCUCCACAACCACCACCACAGCCAGCUCCUCGAAGGAUCCUCACUACUACUCAAAAUUGUAAAGUUUUACAAAGUGAGCAGAAUCCCAGAGACAUGAAAGAAAAUGUUUUGCCUGGGACAGUGGACCUAUUGGUUGUCUUACCAAAUGGUGCAGAAAAAUCCAUUGAAGUGAAUGAAAGUAAAGCAGUGAUGGAUCUACUCAUUGAUUUGUGCAGCCAAUAUCAUUUAAAUCCAACCCAUCAUACCCUUGAACUACAAUCCAGAGAGACACGCAAACCAUUAGGCUUCAAGCCAAAUACCGCUGUUGGGAUUUUGGAUGUAGACAAAGUGCUCAUAAAGCAGAAAGUUAUUGAGGAUAAGCCAAGAAGACCCCGGCCUGUAGUGCCUGAAAAAACCGUGAGGUUGAUUGUGAAUUUCCUGAGGACACAGAAAGCUGUGCUACGUGUCAGUCCACUAGUGCCUUUGCAAGAACUGUUACCAGUUAUAUGUGAAAAGUGUGACUUCAAUUUAGAUCAUCUUGUGCUCUUGAAAGACUGCAUCAGAAGGGAAAAGGUGGAUCUUUCAAAAUCACUGAAUGAUUUGGAAACCAGGGAAUUGUAUGCUCUGGAUACCAGCAGAGACUUGAGUCAAAGUGCUUUAGCUAUCACUGGCGUGAAUGAGAAGGAAGACAAGGGGUUAUUGGGCUUUUUGAAAAUUGGCAAAAAGAAAACAAAGAAAGGUGAACAGAUGAUUUUGGAGAAUAUUGAUUGUGGUGGUGAAUGCUUAACCCCAGCUGAAUGCCAGUCUAUUGGUUAUUCAACUGCUCCACCCACACCAAAUGUUAAUACGCGAUCAGCUACUUUGAACCCAUCACUAUCUGCUAGCGAUGUUUCAAGAAUGUGUCAAACAAUGGAUGUAAAGAAACGGAGAGCACCGCCCCCACCAUCAGCUCCUCCAGAACAUACAAAUGUGAAACGUGUGGAGGACAGUGCACAAGAGAUUGGUGCUGAAUCACUAAAUUCUAUGCAGAAGAAACGACGUGCUCCAGCCCCACCACCUAUCCAAAAUAAGUUGGAAGGAGCAGAAUUUGAUAGAAGCAAUACCAUUGGUAUUGCUGGAUGUCAAGUGCCACCAAAACCUCCAAGAGGCACAUCGCCAGUCUCAGGCAAACCACGUAAUCCACCCCAAUUAAUGAUUCCUCCUCCCCCAACAUACCCACCUCCUACAGACAAUGAGAAUAUGAACCAGCCAGGAAUGUCACCAGACUAUGAUUUCACUAACGCGGUGCCCGAACGUGGUGAAUCGAUAUCUGAAUCGGAGUCAGGCUCAGAACAAGGUGGUGGAGUUGGUGAUGAUAUUAUGGAAAUAGAAUCUAGAGAUGGAGAACAGGCUGCUAAAAGUAGUGACAAUUUUCAGCAAAGUUGCUCAAAUUACACUCCAGCAUCAGAAGGUGAACUGUUGAAAUCUGAUGAUGCUGGGACUAUAAUCUCCCAGUCUGUUAUGUUCUCCACACUCACAAGCAGCCUCAGGUUGAGAAACAAAACUGAAACGGAUGAAAUCCUGGGAGCCUCAGAUAAAAUAUUUGGUACAGAAGAACACCCAGCACAGAGCAAUGAGCAGAAAUCCACCAAAGAUAAAGGAAUUACCUUUGGGGACAACACCACCAGAUUUGAAACUACCACACACACUGAAUCUAACUGGAAAGAGGAAGAUAAAAUCUCCAUUGCAGCCCAGGUGAAUCUUUCAUUGGCCGAACUGGAUGCAGAACUGGCAGCUAUGCAAGAAGAAUUGGCCUUCAAAAAGUCUUCCACGUUAUCUGACAGAACAGUUGAUGAACAGGAAACUGUUCCAGUGACAAUCAUUGAUGAAGUACCAUGGACUUGCCAAGAGGAAGUUGAAGAGAUAUUACUGGAAAAGUUACCCACACCUUCAAAAGUAGAAGGAUUAUCUAAUGCAGACAGGAGUGGGGAAACAAACUCAAAAAUAACAACUGCAAUUUUCAUAACCAAUACUUGUGAGCUGCCACCUUCUGAUAUUUCAUCUAACAUAUCCGAUCCCUCAAGUGUUGUCAACUGUGUAGAUAUGCCAAGCGAGCCCGUUAAAAAAGGGAUAGAAAAUUUGCACAGAGGGAUUAAAGGUGUUCAAGAUGAGAUGAAGCCAGGGGAAAACGAAUUUAAAAUGGCUUUCACUGCAACCGAACUGGCGUAUGAUAUACACGUUAGAGAGAAUAGCAGGAAGAAAAUGCACAGCACUGCACCUGCAGAAGUUGACACAGUAGUACUGGAAGACAGAAACCGCCAAUUAAAACAUGGGAGGCAAGUUGAGCAGUAUUCAGCAGCAACUCAUGGUCCAGAACACAUACUUACAUCAGACAGAUGGCUAAUCACUGCCAACAAAAUUACUAAUGAAUGUGUUCCAAAAGUAGGUAUGAGAACAUUCACAGUUAUUCCACCAAAGCCAACUGUAAAACCUCAGCAAAGAGAAUACUUGUCGCUAAACACAUCUGCUAUCAAGAUCGAUGAUCAGGGCAAUUUAAUACAUGCAGGGAUCAAUGAAAUAAAAAGUAAAGAGACUCCAACAAACAGUUUAGCCAAUGACAAAGAAUCUCUUGUAGGGAGGGCAAAGGCAUUUUGGAAUGUGAAAAGUACAGUUAAGGAUAACCUGCAGUGUGCCAACACAGCUAAAAUUAUGAAAAUAAAUAAACCAGAAUGCACAGCUGGUGAGUUGCAGCUACAAGAGCCAGAAAAACAGUUAACAAAUAUAUUCCCGACAUCUGAUGCAGCUGCAACCUGUGCAGUAUCUGCAAGUACCAAGAGGAUUAAAACCUAUUCACAAUCCACUGAGGAAUCAGUUAUGCCAUUAAAUGGUAAAAUCACAAGCAUGCCAGUAAAUAGCCAGCCCAAAAUAAAAAAUAAUUUUAUCAGGCCCUGCAGACGAACCUCAAGCCAAUAUGUUGCCUCAGCAAUUUCCUGUUACACAGGACUACAAUCAACAAAAACUGAAACUGGGACUGAAUCUAAUGCUCAGUCUGGUACUGGAUUUGAAAGCAAUUCUGAUGACAAACAUAAAUUCAGAUCUGCUGAGGAGAAGUCUUCUCCCAAGUCCUCAAAGAGAAAUUGCCUUGGAAGCCAACUGAAAACCGAGUUUGCACUUCAUUCCAGCUGUAACACAGAUAAUGCUACAAAAGUGCUUAACAGAACAAAUAUUUUGCUACAGAAAAGUCUUGAUACUGAAGCUGUUCCAAAUCAGAACUGGUUAAUUAAAGAUACAUCAGAACAAGUGAAAGCUUUUAACAAAAUUACCUACCAAUCACAACGGUCCCAGCUAAUCAUAAAGGAAUCCGUCUCUACUAACGAGCAAUGUACCACUGCAAAGAGUCCACAAAAUACAUUCCAAUCAUCUGUUGUGAAAGGUGUGAUUUCCAGUGCUCCAAGUGAUCAAACAAUUAACAUGACCAAAACUCUUGCGUUCACUUCAGCUUCAACUUCAUUUUCAAACUCUCUUAAAACUCAUUCUACCAAAACAAGACAGAGUGACUGCAUCUCGGAUAAUCUUCCUGCCUCAGAUCUGCAAACAUCCUCUACUACUACAACAGUAACAGAGGAUAUUGGCAGAUCAGAACAUUCACCAUCCUUUUACAUAAAUAGUUUUAAUAUCAAACCCAAUACCAACAUGUUUGGCCCUGUCAAGAAGUUCAAACCCAUCAUUCAGAAGCCAGUACAGAAAGAUGAGUGCAUACAUAGCUCCCUGAUGAAAGCUAUCCAGUCAGGACAAAACAAGGAAAGACUUAGAAAGACUUCCGAUAAAGUAAUGCAUAGCAACCAGAAGAAAUCUUCAUUUAUUGCAGUAGAGAACGAACACUCUGCACUCUUGGCAUCAAUAAGAGCACACAGUGGUAUUUCAAAACUGAAAAAGACAACUUCCACAGCUUCUAAAGAAAUACAGGACCCAAAAAAUGUUGCAUCUUCUUCUUCAACAAGAGAAUAUUUUCAAACAAGACAACCAGAAAUGCAAUCUCCUCCUUCUCCACCACCACCACCACCACCACCACCCUCUGAUUUUACAAAAACUGGAAAGUUUUCAACCAAAUCUAUUGCUAAUCAAGAAGAUGCACGAACUGCAUUAUUGAAAGCAAUUCAGUCUGGAACUGGUGCAGCACGUCUAAGAAAGGUCUCUGUUCCCUUAAAUACAAUACAAGUCAAUGGAAGAACAAGUUCUAUACAGAUAUCAAACUGCUGGACUCCUUCCAUUUCGUCCUGAACAACGGAAAGUAAUUGUGAAAGUGUGGUAAAUAUACUUAGAUGUCACAGAAGAAAUGAAGGAAACAAAUGUUUGCACAAUUAUUUUUGACAAAUCCUUCAGCUGGCCCAUUAUUGUUUAUGUCAUCAAAUGCACAUAAACAUUUUUUUUAAGUUAAACUGUUUAUCAAAACUCAGCAUUUAAUCCACCUUGUACUAGUAUAUUGCUAAUUGUGUGCUAAGGAGCCCUUGCAAGUGACAGGGUAUUUUUUCUCAUUCACGUAAAAUAUCCUGAAAUAAUUUUAAAUCAGAAGCUCUCAGAAUACUUUUGAACACAGGUUUGUACCAACAGUGCCAACAAUAUGUUCUUUCCUAAAUCCUGCAGAUGAAGUACUGCAUUACCAAGUAUCCAACACAAUAAAAUAAACUUUGUAAUAUUAUAUUUGGCAUUCUUACCUUGUACUGACAAUAACUUUUUGCAUUUAACAAAAAGAAAAUGAAAACUUACUGCGCUAAAUUGUCAGUUGGAAUAUGUAUUCCAAGCCCCCCACCAUGGAAAAUGACAAUUUAAUUGCAAAUUUUUCUGUAAUUUUAGAGCAUAAUGUGGUCCCUUUUUGUACCUGCCACCAGAUUCACAGAUAUGUAUCUAUGUUUCUAUUGCUGAAUGAAAACUUGAGAAACACUGAUUACAAUUUAACAAUUGCUGAAGAGAAAAAGAUGUAACUUAUUUCUGUUCAAUGUUUAUAUGGAUUACUAUAUGCAACUUGUGCCAUAGCUAAAACUUGGUAAGAUUAGUGACAUGUACAUUUACUUAAGUAGUACAGAAUUUUAUGUAAAAGAGACUAGAAAUAUAAAGUUUUAAGUUAGACCUACAGUAUAUGUAAAGCAA